AGCCAUUUAUCGUAUGCAUUUCUGGUAACUUGCAUCACUGUGCAACUUUUUAUCUCCACAAUCACCGAGAAAUUCUGUGCAACUCGAUCGUUAAAACACUAAAAUAUGGCAGCGUGGACGGCGGCGGCGCGCCAAUCCGCAACUCUCUCUCGGCUCUCCGCUUACAAAUCAGUUAACAGUACGAGCCAAGGCGCCCUCCUUAUCCAGCGGCGCGGUCUGGCUGGCGGCGGUGACCAUCAUGGUCCUCCAAAGGUGAACUUUUGGCAGGACCCAAUGAGCCCAUCAAAAUGGAAAGAAGAGCAUUUCGUGAUCGUCUCUCUUACUGGUUGGGGUUUGGCUUUCUAUGGAGGUUAUAAGCUCUUCACAGGAGGAAAGAAAGAGAAGAAGGAAGAGAAAGUUGGCGAAUGAUCACACUGAUGUCGGGAUCGUGUCUAUUCACCUGAAAUAAAGUAGUUGCUAGGACUGUGUCAUCUCGUUCAGGCCAAUAUGAGGAUGUAAUUUGUUGUUUCCUAUCCAUUCCAUUCUGGCUUUGAACUUUGAGUUGUACAUGAAAUGUCGAACCAUUAACUAUGGGUUUUCUUUUCAUUAAGUGUUGGUCCAUUUAAUAACUUAGGUACCUAUGCUAUUGCGGUUUUCCUUCCACAAUACUUCAGUUUAUCCAUUUGCAGCAGGACCAUGAGUAUGUUAUAAAGACGGGCAGCACAGGAUUAUGUUCA